AUGUGGACCAGAUACUUUGGUAGACACGAGACCAGCCGAAGGCCCCGAAACUUCACCCAUCCUCCUCGUCACCGCGCAACCUUCUCUCCAGUCGCCGCUUGUCCUCAGGUGUAGGUGAAACAUGGACGCAUCCUGGUUCCUCUGGGUUUUGGCGGGCGCCGUCCUCGCCUCCAUGGUCCUCCUGGCCGUCGUCUGUCUGCACUGCAGGAACAAAGGCCCGUUAGCCUCCAUCAGGCAAGCUUCAGAUGACUACAUGCCGUCCACUAGAUUCAGAGUCAUCCAUCCAUCCCAGCCGUCCAAUGAUCUGAACCCCAGCCUGCUGUCACCUUUCUCACAAUCAACUAAUCCUGGAACUCAACGUGGACACCGAUCCGUCACCCCGACAGAAACUGAGAGUAAUGCAAGUUAUGUGGAUCCAUCAGAUGGACCGGACUACGUUAACGCGGACGAUGCGGACGACCCUCCUUAUGUAACCGUGUUGCCCGGGGGUGACCCUCCACUGACCAAUCAGAGCAGAGCCUCGACACCUAGUUCAGAUGUUCGACACGAUUAUGAGAACGUCCCAGAAAGAGAGGACAGAGAUUAUCUGAACGUGGAUCUGCAGCACUAUCAAAGAUCAACACCUGAUUUGUCGGCUCAAAGCGACAGCAACGACGAUGAUGACGACGAUGAUGAUGAGGGGAACUACGUCAACGUGCCAGAAGGGAAACAGUCUGACUGAGUCGGACUUGCCUGACCACAGUGAGCUUUUUUAACUGCGGUCUACAUUUUCCCCUCUCUAUCUUUUAACUCAUGACGGAGUUUAUUUAAAAACUGCUGAACGUGAAGCUGAGGAUGAAGAACGGCUCUAUAUGGAGAACAGAAACUUUAUUUGUUUUCUUCAGCUGAGGUUGACUGUAUUGUACGGAGCCCCUUAACUUCUAUGAGAUUAUAUUGUUUUAUCUUGUGGCAACAAGCUAAUUUCUUGUGCACAGAAGAUAGAACAAGUUAUUCUAUCUUGUGCGCACAAGAUGAUAACUUGUUCCUACAAAAUAAGAAUUUUCAUGUUAUGGGACUUCAGUGGUUUCUGUAGUUUUGUGAUCUGUGGGGUAAAAAAAGGUUUCAGUUUUAUCAGACUCUUUGAAGCAGACCAACCAAAGGCAGAAACAUGCACUGCUGAUCACAUUUUAAAAAUGUUUUAUAAGUUUUAUAAAUCUCACUCGAGUGAGUGCUCACGUGCCUGAUUUCCACUUCCUGGUUUAACCAUAGAUGGAUGGCUCAACCUAGUGAGCAGUUGUUUUAGAUGAUUACUGAGUCUUUUUAAACAUGAGAAAUAUAUAUUUGUGACGUGUUUUGUAAAGAUUUACAUCCUCAGGAGGAACCAAUGGGCUUGGACAAGAAGUUAAGACCGUAUUGAGGGACGGACUGACCUGUUGAGUCCUUUUAUGGGGUUUAUCGACAAAAAGAAAAAUAUAAUAAAAAAGUCUAAUCUUUUACUUUAAUCAGCCGUUUGCUCCACUUGUGUUUAUGUAGAGUAAAAAGCUAAAGCUUUUUCUUUGUCAUCAUUACGCAACGACUGCAACGAUCACUUUGAUUGAACUAAAAAAUGUCCAAAGUGACAUCUACUAAUGUCUCGUUUUGUCCGACUGACCGUCCACAAAAGCCCCAAAAUAUAUCCAGAUAAAUGCAGAAUAUCCUUAGACUGAAAUAAGAGUGGAGUUUUGCCUUGAUAGAUGUCAAGAAAAAAGGUCACUUAACUGGAACCAACAACUCCUCCUGGGGUGUUUUUAAAGAUUUAAGGUUCUUUCACCGUUUUUCUCUCACAGCAAACCAAAUAUCUUUGGGUUCUGGACGGUUGGUCAGACAAAACAAGACAUUUAAAAGAGAAGAAUGUGGGUUGUGAUGGGCAUUUUUCACAUCUUAUAGUCUACAUCAAUCUGCGGCUAACUGCAGGAAUGGAAAUCAGGCUCUGAACCUCGACACUGAGAAGUGUGCAUAUUUCUGUUACGGUCUGCAGCCAUACUUGGACCCAGCAGUACUAAAUGAGUCCUAAUGUGACCAGAUGAACAAAAAUUUUUUUUAACCUGAAGCUUAAUGAAAAGUUUCACAAAGUUUUAACCAAAUUUCAUGAUGAUCCAUCCAAUAGUUGUUGAGAUAUAGAGAACCAAAGUCCCUCCCCUUCCGGUGGACCGCCAUGGGACUUUAUUUUGGAAAAAUAUGUACGGUAGUCAACGGCGAGAGACAACAAAAGAUUUGAUCCCAUUUGAAUUGUGUCCUGAAUCACACACGUUUGUCAGUUUAAAUUGUAAUUUAAGUCAAGAAAGUCGCAGUUUGUAAAACUGUAGCAGUAUAAGACUGAAAAUACGUAAUUUGCACAAACCCAAAUGUUGCGAAUGUGACUUCUUAACUAUUUCUGAAGCUAACGUUACUGAUGUCACUGAAGCUAAAAUUACUCUGAAGCUAACGUUACUCUGAAGCUGACG